UAGUACGAGUAUGUAUGUAGAACAAUAAUUAAAUUUUAAUAAAAUAAAAUAUAGGUCCCAUCCCCAUAAAAAUAUGGCCAAAAAUACUGAUAGUUUGUUCCUUUUCGAGGUGCUUGUUGAUAAAGUUAUUUUCUCAAAAAUUCCAUGCUUCUUCGAUAGAGAUUUUAAAACAUGCAUAAAUAUAAAAUGUCCGGCCAUUGAGCCCCUUGAAAUAUGCGAUGAGGACACAUCAAACUUCCCUGACUCCAAAGGACCGUUUUUGAAGGUAUUCAGUAGUGGAAAAUCAUGCUUAUUCUUUCUGAAAGAGAACGAAAUAUCAUCAUGUACGAGCAGUUUUCCCGUAAAAGUAUCAAUUUAUAAGGCUCUACCGUGCGGCUGUUUGCCGACGAAAAUCAUAAUGGGUGAAUGUACAAUCGACAUGACCAAAGAGUUUAUGGAAUCGCGUCAAAAGUUUCUAGCGAAUCCGAAAGAUGUUAGCUACCAAGCGCUUAAAGAUUCAUUCCGCUUCGUCGGGCCCGAUGGAACGGAGACUGGCGAAAUUCUUAUGUUUCUACGAAUUUCGUGCUUUGGAAACAACAUAGUCACUCAAUUCCAAGGGACGAAUCACGCAAGCCUCGGGGAUUCCGUUGUAGACAGAUCCUGUGACCCACGUAACGAGUUCCAAUCUAAAGAGGAUCCGUGCGCUUGUGGGGCGACGCACGGACUGAAGACUGGCAAACACGACGCUUGUCCUCCAGCGGAAGAUAAAUAUAACUCGAUGCCAUGUGAAGAGCCUGAGGACCCAUGCUACUGUUCCGGGCCAAGAGCGCAGAAGAAACAGGAUUUGGGUUGCAGAAAUACCUUCCCAUACUGUUUACACGUCCCGAAAGAUUGCUGUCCAACGGGAAACAAAGUGGUCUUCCAAAUGCCCACCGGCCUCUGUGAUACAAGCCACAAACAGCGCGCGCACUUUAAUUUCACUUCCGAUGGAGUUGGGGAUGUGAGCAGAGAUGAGCCUGACCAACUGAUGCCCGCCAAUGGAGAAAAUUAUCCAGGAGAAGAGAAAGAUGUGAAUUCCUCAUCAUUAUCCCAAGACUUAGCAAAGCAAAAUAAUGUAUACAGAAACAAUUCUUAUUUUUUUCCGUCCAAGGAAAACACUGAAAAGUUGCUGACUUUUGACAGAGAUUUUUGCUUAGGAAAACACAAAUAUAACAAACGUGGAAAUGGGAUGAUAGGGUUAUUUGGAGAUACUGUUUGCGUGUAUAGCAUGAGUAGCAUACAGAGAAACUUCAACAAUUUUUGCACAAGUGGUACACAAGCUACCGCAUUAUUAAACAAAUGCUUGCAAGUACACGAUUGUCAGAGUGCCGCAACUUCAGUGGCUAAUUCAAAUUGUAGCUCCACUUGUGCCACUAUGACAAAUCGACGUACAGAAAAUACUUCUAAGGUUGCUGAACAUUUGCUUAAUCCACAACUAUACUUUUGGGGCAAAAAGAAAGAAAAAGACAAGGGGAUGGGACAAAAGAGUUCAAAAUCUAGUGUAUCAUCCAAAUCAAGCAAGAAGGUCAAAGGAAAAGAUUUCAAAGAACUAAAAGAAAAGGAAUCCAAAACUAAAAAAUAUAUAAAAAACAAAAGUUCUAAAACUGCAAUCAAAUCAGUGAAAUCGAAUACUUCCUCAGAUUCGAAGAGACGAAAAUUCACAAAAGAUUCAAUGGAAAAUGUAAAAACAAAGAAAAAGCCAUCGGGUAUAAAAAUUAAAGAUGAAAAAUUUGCGGACGACAAAGCAGUUGCGAGCACCUCCAAAAAAGUUAACGUGGACGAUAAAGAUGUUGCCGUAAAAGACAACGUCAUGGUAACGAUAUCGCACAUAAAAAUUGGCCCCACAGAUAUCUGUCCUCCUCAUUGUAGAGAUCCCACUACAGGUCUAAAAUGUCAUGUAACACCGACAGACACAGAACAGGGGAGGAUAAAAGUAACUUCAACGAAUAAUCCACGGCGAGGAGUGUUUGAGCUAGUUGUUCGGAAACUCACAGGCGCACCACUCGCUACAAACGAGCUAAUGUUAGAAUGGUCCCCACCACAGCUACAAACCAUGCCUCUUAUCACAGCUCCAGCGUAUCUACCUAUUAUUCGAUUCUUACCCAGUAAAUGUAAGAGAGUAAUUUGUCGACCUUAUAAAACGAAAUCCCCACCAUCCCCAUGUUGCAAGCCUCCAUGUCUCAAGCCGUCUUGCGGUAAACCCUGUAGAUCACCUUGCAGAAGGCCAUGUAGACCACCAUCGUGCCGACCGGUUUGUCGGCCUCCAAUCAUUUGUUCUCCAGUAAGGUGUUGCCCUCCUCCCCUGGCUGCGUGUAAACUAGCGUGUCAGCCGUCUAAAGCUAACGGGAGCCUUUGUACAAAGCCUUGUAAUGUGGGACGUCGCCGACCACGUAAAAUAAAGAGCCAGGUCAAAAUGAGGCCACGCCAAACCUAUGUGUCCCCCUGCUUGAAUCGAUCUAGAACAUGCCCACUUGUGGCAUGCCGUAGCGCCCCCACUAUUCCAUGUUGUAAAUGAUUUCUUUCAUUGACACAACAAAUAUUAAUAAAGUAAAUAAUUAUUAUAGGUAA